AGCCACUUGCUCGGAGCUGACGGCUGCAGCCUCGAGAGGUUCGUGUUCACUGCUGUGUCUCCUGGGCGCGUUCGUCGGGCCGCGCGGGGAGACUAAAACCGGAAGGGCUAGAGUAAGUGCCCCCUCGGCUGCAUGAGUCAGAGCUACAGUAUUUCCUUCCCUCCGGGCAAGUGACCAUAGAAACUGGACCCCGCCCCCUUCCGGGCCUAGACUCCCUUUCCCCCUACCCCUUGCCCCUUUCCCUUUGGGGACCCCCCCAGUUCUUCUUGUUCUGUUACUGAGCUUCAACUAAGGUCAUGAAGCUGGUGAGGAAGGACAUUGAGAAGGACAAUGCGGGUCAGGUGACCCUGGUCCCCGAGGAGCCUGAGGACAUGUGGCACACUUACAAUCUAGUGCAGGUGGGCGACAGCCUUCGCGCCUCCACCAUCCGUAAGGUACAGACCGAGUCCUCCACAGGCAGCGUAGGAAGCAACCGGGUCCGUACAACGCUCACUCUCUGCGUGGAGGCCAUUGACUUUGACUCUCAAGCUUGCCAGCUGCGGGUCAAAGGGACCAAUAUCCAAGAGAAUGAGUAUGUCAAGAUGGGGGCUUACCACACCAUCGAGCUGGAGCCCAACCGCCAGUUCACCCUGGCCAAGAAACAGUGGGAUAGUGUGGUUCUGGAGCGCAUUGAACAGGCCUGUGACCCGGCCUGGAGUGCUGAUGUGGCAGCGGUGGUCAUGCAGGAAGGUCUCGCCCAUAUCUGCUUAGUCACUCCCAGCAUGACCCUCACUCGGGCCAAGGUGGAGGUGAACAUCCCUAGGAAAAGGAAAGGCAACUGCUCCCAGCAUGACCGGGCCUUGGAGCGGUUCUAUGAACAGGUGGUUCAGGCCAUCCAGCGCCACAUAAACUUCGAUGUUGUAAAGUGUGUCCUGGUGGCCAGCCCAGGAUUUGUGCGGGAACAGUUCUGCGACUACAUGUUUCAGCAAGCAGUGAAGACUGACAACAAAGUUCUCCUAGAAAACCGGUCCAAAUUCCUUCAGGUACAUGCCUCCUCUGGACACAAGUACUCCCUGAAAGAGGCCCUUUGUGACCCUACUGUAGCUAGCCGCCUUUCAGACACUAAAGCUGCUGGGGAAGUUAAAGCCUUGGAUGACUUCUAUAAAAUGUUACAACAUGAACCUGACCGAGCCUUCUAUGGACUCAAGCAGGUGGAGAAGGCUAACGAAGCCAUGGCUGUUGACACAUUGCUCAUCAGCGAUGAGCUCUUCAGACACCAGGAUGUAGCUACACGUAGCCGGUAUGUAAGGCUGGUGGACAGUGUAAAAGAAAAUGCGGGCACUGUUAGGAUAUUCUCUAGUCUUCAUGUAUCUGGGGAACAGCUCAGCCAAUUGACUGGAGUAGCCGCCAUUCUUCGCUUUCCUGUUCCUGAACUUUCUGACCAAGAGGAUGAUUCCAGUUCUGAAGAAGAUUAAUGAUUGAAAUUUAUAGUUGAGACAACCUUUUGUCUCACUUCAUUAAUAUGUAUAUUUUUUUCAGCAUCCUUUGAGAGAAAGCUGCAAGAUGGGCACUUUUGGGUUCAUACUGGAAUUUCUCAUGUAUUUGAUCACACUAGAUAUUUUAUAGUUCUCAGAACAUGUAUUCAAACUAAACAAUAAACUUAAAUGAAAUAAA